CGGCCACCGACUCACCACCACCUCAGGCGAGCGCAGCGAGCCAUUUCCUGAUCGCGCCGCAAGCGCUCCGUAUGGAGAAAGUGAGCGAGCUGUUGGACCGCAGGCAGUUGCUGAAAAGCAUUAGGCGCAAUGGUGGGCCGAAGAUGUUCCAUAAGGUCUCGGCAAAGGCGGUUGGGGGGAAGUGGUGGGGAGUUGGUGGCCACCGCCUCAGGUGA